AUGGCAGAAACGGCAACAGCUCCCCCGGCAAUGCAGACUCGAGAUUUUAUUUACAUAACAUCUGAACUUGUCGUCGGCUUCGUCAGCGUGUUCUCCAACUCCGUGGUGUUGGCGGUCAUCUGCCGGACGCCGCGACUCCACACGGUCACCAACGUUUUCAUGGGAAAUCUGGCUUUAGCCGAUGUCAUGGUUGGCAUUUCAGUAGCUCCGUGCGCGUCGCUUUCAUACGUGGGGCUACCUCACAACUUUUACGGCUGUGUGUUCAUCAACAGUAUUCUUUUGAUGAUCACGAAUGUUUCCAUUCUCAUGCUGCUCGCCAUUGCUAUCGAGCGCUUCAUUGCCAUCAAAGAGCCGUUUUUGUACGAGAGGGUACUGACCAUCAGGCGGGCCAUUUUUGUCAACAUCUUUGUGUGGGUGCUUGGGCUAUCGCUCGGAAUGGUGCCACUGCUCGGGUGGAACACUGGCUAUCACGAAAUUGAAUACUGUAAAUUCCUUGACGUAAUGACUCUCGAAUACAUGGUGUAUUUUCAAUUCUUUGGACUCGUCCUGCUGCCAAUGUCCAUCAUGUUAUUUAUCUACCUUUACAUCAUUAUCAUAAUCCAAAGACACUUGCGCAAGUCGGACGCUCUCGGCGAACAGCUGCAUGGAAAACAUUUAAAAAGUCUCUUUAAAAAAGAUGUCAAAUCUGCAAAGUGGCUGGCGAUGGUGAACUUGCUAUUCGGAAUCUUCUGGCUACCCAUCAACAUAUUGAACUGUAUUAGUCUUUUCUGUCCGCAAUGCCAGUUUCCCAUAUUAUUCUUGCUGGCGGCGAUCGUCAUGAGUCAUGCCAACUCUUGCAUUAACCCUUUCCUGUACGCGGCCAGCAACAGUCGGAUAAAACGGGCCAUCAAAGAGAUGAUCGGGUUG